AAAUGUCUGGCCGUGGAAAGAAACCUGUUGCGCACAAGCCUCCAAAAAGUGCCUUGUCAAAGUCUGUCCGGGCCGGGCUCACGUUCCCCGUGGGGCGUCUCCACAGGAUGCUCCGAAAGGGGAACUACGCGGAGAGGAUCGGGGCGGGCGCAGCUGUGUACCUCGCUGCUGUCUUGGAAUAUCUCUGCGCCGAAAUCCUGGAGCUGUCAGGAAACGCGAGCCGAGACAAUAAGAAGCAGAGAAUCGCCCCUCGCCACAUCCUCCUGGCCGUGAGAAAUGACGAGGAGCUCAACAAACUGCUCUCUGGAGUCACCAUCUCAGAUGGAGGAGUCAUUCCGAAUAUUCAGGCCAGUCUGCUCCCAAAGAAGACCAAGGCAGCGCCCGGCAGAGAUGACAGUGUGGCCAAAGAUGUGCAGUCACAGGAGUUUUAAAGGGCACUUUUCUACGCAGUUUUAAUCAUCGUAAUAAAACCUUUU